CAAUCGGAACAAUGGAGAACGAAUCCUGUUACGGAGGCGGUGACAUUGCCGGGGCCAUCUUCGGUACGCUGGUCGCAGUGAUCCUGGUGGCCGUACUACUCUGGUGGCUGUACAAGAAGAACUACAUCCUGAAGCGAAAAGAUCCUCAACUAGUGACGGAUGACCCGGAGGCAACAGCAAAGGGUGGUGAAUAUGCGUUCGACAAUCCCGCCUUUAAGACGGAUGGCGGUGUGGCCGCCAACAGUGCAGCAGCAGCGAACGGUAUCAGCGCACCGAGCAAGACCGGUUCGCCGCUGGAUCCGAGCUGGACCUCCAAGCAAAAUACCAUCGAAAAGCGCAAAACCGUCGACGACAGCUACGUGAAUGUGACAACACCGCGGCUCGUUUCGCUGCGCGGUUCCGACUUUACCGGGCUCGGUGUGGAGGUGUACGGUGGGCUGAAGGAAGGAAUCUUCGUGAAGAAAGUUAUGCCCCAGGGUCCGGCCGCUGGCAUCGUAAACACAGGUGACAGAAUAACGAGUAUCACGAUAGAUUUUCGGCAUAUCGUACAGGAGGACGCCAUGACCAUCCUAAGCUAUGCAUCGCCCUACAAUGUACAGCUCGAGCUGGUCAGCGGCACGAAACCGGUGUUACCACAAACCCAAAGCCCAAAACCGGGCCACCAGAGUCUGACGCAUCCACUGUACCGGUCGAGCAGUCAGUCGGAUUUGAACACGAUCGAACGGAACUCACGCAAAAAGCUUUUCCCGGGUGAAGAUGCAUCCCCACUGAAGAUGGAUAAUCGACCAGCCAGCCCCAGCAAUGCCGGUCCACUCCCGACCGUACACAAAGAGAACGAACGGGAACCAAAAAAACAUUCCUUCAAGCAGCAGAUGCGUGAAAUGAUUGAGGAAAAGUUUCAAACCAAGCACGCGUCGUCGUCUUCUGGCGAGGUGGAACGCAAAGGAUCGGGUGCAGCGGACGAAGCAGCGCCGGGAAAGAAAAGUGGCCACAAGUUCGGUAUCCGUGUGUUCCCACCGUCGGUAAACGAUAAGCUGUUCGGUAGCAAAAGCCCCACCAAGAUGCAGGCGGACAAUGAAAACAAUAGCAACAUCGAGAAGAAAGAAUCGGACGAUAAGAAGGUGGACGAGAAGGAGGAAGAGGGGGUACAGCAACCUUCCCCACCGGUGGUAAAGAAGCGUACCAAAGCCGAUCACAAGCUGGUACCGGAUGUGGUGAUGAUGCAGCAGACACCGGCACCGCGAACGGAAGUGGAUGGCUUCCAGCGGCAGAACAGCCUCACGUCAAGUGGUAUUCGUCGGGAUGCGGCCGGUAUACCGCAGGAGAUGCCAAGCUUUAUGAUGCAGGCGGCCAAUGCUGCCCGGGACAAUCGGAAAUCGAUGGAUGAUGGUAAGCGGAAGGGUAAAGCACCGCCCCGUCCACCACAGAAUGAGUCCGAGCUGGACGAAAGCACGGUGACGGUGGAUACGAAUCUGAGCAGCAUUGAUGGUAGCAGGACGAUGCUGAAUGGGAGCAUGGAUAUGCCGGAUACACGAACCGUACAGCCGCGGAUGAAUUUUUCGGACAAUUUUGCUGAGGAAGUACUGAACUGUACGAUCGAUAGCAUCAACGGAAUUGAGCAGUUUAAUGAGACCGGGCCGAGCAAUAGCUCGACGCCGAAGAGUGAUCGUAAGAAGACGUCUUCGUUGACGGAAAGUGAGCUGAUGAUGCGUUCCGGUAGUCCUGCCGCUGAUGAUAAUGAAUCCGAUGUCGAGCAGGAGCAGCGCAUUCAUCGCCAGCAGCAUCCACCACCAACGCCACCGCGCCGUGACGGCAACAAGAUUGAGCUGAACGCGGAAGACAUCACCGUCCACCGUAGUUCACCAAGCCCAGCACCGCCUUCCAGCAGCAGCACUAGCAGCAGUAUGGAAGAGAACGAAGAACAGGAGGAAACUAACCGCCGUACGGCUAGCUUGGGCGAUCUUUCGAAGUUCGAACCGGCCGGAAAAACCAACCAAACUUCCUCAAACGCUCCGAACACGCUGGAACGCGCACAAAGUCUCGAAAUAACGGGUGAUGCGUCGGUAGUGACGGUCGUGAACGGUUCCACCGUUGGAGGGGAUCUAGCCGGAAAUGUAAUGGACGGAGGACGGAAACGUAAAAUCUCUUCCGAAAUCAUACUGGAUGGAGUCGGGAAGGAAUCGGCUGAUGGAAUGAGCUCACUGCAGCGUCACCGUUUGAAGGGUGCAUCCGCCUGGGGUAAUCUUGAGGAUGCGAUCAAUUCCGGUGAACUGCUCGCGAACGGUGAUGGAGAAGUGGUAACAGCGGUGGGAACAGAGAAACGGGAAGAGCAAGAAGCACAGGUUACGGUAAAGCAGAAUGGAUAUACCGAGCUAAGCAUGAGCAAAGCAAUUAUUGUUGCGGAAGCACCGAAAAACAAUCGGUCGGAAGUGAAUGAACACGAUCGUGAGGAACACAUCUCCCUCACGACGAUCAGCAUGAACUUUGCUGGUGCGCAGGAGCAGGAACCGGACACAAACAUACCGGAUGAUGUGAAAGUUUCGCGCUAUCCGUUCGGAAGUCUCGAGCGACCGAAGUCGGACGUGUUGAAGAAACUGUUGGGCCAGAAGGAAGAGCUUGAGAAUACACCUUCGGUGUUUAUUUCGGCUGAUGGUGGAGAAAGUGCGGUGAGUACGAUUAAAAUCGAGUCGAAGCCGGACGUUGGUGAGCCGAUCAGUUUGACGUUGAUCAAUGCGAUCGAGAGCGAUCGUACCGAGAGUGGACAACCGUCGCCUGUUUUUACCAGUGGAAGUAAUGGGGUUAGCAGUAUCAAUAUUUCUUCGAUGGAUUAUGGAAUUGUCCCUAGUAACAGCAACACGGGAUCGAUCCUGCUUAACGGUGUUGGUAGUAGUAGUACCGGGAUGACGAAAUUCUCCCUCACGGCGGAUAAUAUUGUAACCAUUUCGACCGCACUGGAUGAUGUUACGGUUGGGACGGAAUCACAACCAUCCUCGAUCGUGAUGAUCGACGAUGAGAAGCUCGAUUUUAGUCUCCAAACGUUGGACGAUUUUGAUGAUCCGCUGGAUGCGCCACCACCUCCACCAAUCGAUUUCAAUUCCGACAAUGUGCCGGACCAUGCUGACCCAGAGGAACCCGUUCCAAAGCUUACGAAUGGUGGUGUUGUGGUCACUUCCGAAACAGCACCACCACCACCCCAACCUCCACAAAGAAGCUCGAUCGCGCUAGGACGACGCGAUAGCAGCAAUGGUCCCGCCGCUAUGACAAACGGUGGAUUUGUAACGGAAAUUACCCUUAAAGCACCGGAACCACCAACGGCAGCGGAACGAUUACCACAACCAUCAGCGACGGCAUCGCAGCAAAACGGUACAAGUCUACCGGUGAUCGCUAGCAAACCACCGAUCGUUUCGAAAAAACCACCCAAACCGGAAAUGAAACCAACUACACCACCAUCCCGGAUACCGGUCGAGCGGCGUAUGUCAAACGAGCAUGGUACUGGUUCACUUAUACCACGCAAUACCGAAAUUAAGUUCAGUACGGCACCGUACGAAUCCUCAUCCGCCGGUACGAACAACAGCAGCAACAAAACACCAACACGUGGUGUCGAUCAGAUUCGCUCCACCUUCGAGCGUUCGAACUCGAAAACGGAAAUCCCCGUACUGAUCCGCCGUACCUCGAUCCCGUCGAUCAAUCUCUCCCCGUCCGCAUCCGCUACCGGUGGUUCGAUGAGUAACCUUAGCUCCAAAGCCAGUCCGUCACGCAUUCCGGUGUUUAACAGCAGCUCGAAUGGUAGCGGCAGUUCGUCCAAGCUGAAUGGUGGCGGAUCAUCACCACCACCGUCACAAAAUGGUGGACACACGAAUGGGCUAUACAGGAGCAACAGCAAUAGUACUAUCAUGAACCAUCAUCACCACAACAACCACAAUAACAACAACAACCAUCUGGUCAAUAGCAAGAUGGCGGUUAGCAUAACCUCCAUCAAGAAUCAGGCCAAACAUCCGAGUGGCAAGUUCUAG